CACUGUACGGGAUUGUAAUAUGGUUACAAGAAAAACGGCGGCCUGGCCCCUCUCAGAUUUCUCUCUGGCCUUAGGGCCACUUCGACCAGACUCCGGUUAAAGUAAUCGACGAUUAACUUUCAAUGUUACCAAUAGCAUUUCUAUACCGUUAAAUACUGUUGGUAAUACAAGUGUAUUACCAACAUCUGUCGUCCGUGCACGUGAGCACGUUUAACCUUUCUUUUCAGAUCCUCUCGUAGAAGAUCGUAUUCAGUAGAGAAUAGCAUUGAAUAAGAUAAGAAUAUUGGCAAAAUGCAAAGAUCAAAAAAUUUUACAAAUGUUGAAAAACAUGACUUAUUAAAUAUAAUUUUUUUAUAUCGUCAUGUCAUUGAAAAUAAAGAGACUGAUAACAUAACUAAUUUACAAAAAUAUGAGGCAUGGACUAACAUUACAAUAGAAUAUAAUAAAAAUAAAACAACUAUACGAUCAGAAAAAAAUUUACGUUUGUGUUGGGAUAACAUAAAGAAAGAUACACGAAAAUACUAUGCAACACUUAAAUGUGAAAGUUAUAAAACAGGUGGAGGUGUAAUAACUUUAGAAAAAAAUAAUUUGUUCGAACGAGCCAGAGAAAUUAUAGGUGAAGUAACAGUACAUGGAUUAAUAAAUCCUUUCGAUUCUGAUUUCGGCAAAGAAAAUAUCAGUAACAGUACUGUUAAUAAUAUGUUACAAGAAGAUAAUGAAAAUGAUCUAACACAGAUAUUUUCAUAUCUAAUUGAAAAUAAAGAAAUUAGUGACCGGAAAUCUUGGGAUACUAAAAAAUUAAAAAUACAAAAAAGUUUUCCACUACAGAUUCAAGACACACCGACGACGUCAAACAGUAUGAACUCGAACAAAAUGAAACUCAAAAACAAUAAUAUUGAAACAUUAAAUGAGGCUAAAACUGAAUUAAUACACAGAAAGAAAAAUUUUUGCUACCGUAGCUAAUCAUGAUUUGCUAAAAAUUGUUUGCUGCCGUAGCUAUAAAAUUCUAAACUACAGCAAAAUGUUUGCUCUUGCAGCUAAUGAAUUAGGAACCUUAUCUAAUAAAAUAGGUAUCACAGCUAAAAUUUAGCUGUCCAUAUGUUACGACUGAAUUUAGUUACCAAACGCAGUUUUUAGCUAUGGCAGCUACUUUUUUCUUUCCGUGUACAUUUAUUGCAAACGAAUGAAAAAGAUAAAAAUAAUUAUGAAAUCGAUUUACUAAAAGCUAAGCUUGAAAAAGAAAAAUUGAAAAUAGAAUUAUUGAAAAUAUAGAAAAAGAAAAAGCAUUGAAAAAAAUAAUUGAAGAAGAAAAGAUGAAUAUAACUCUUACAAGGUAAUUUAAAAAAGGAUUUCAAAAAAGUUUUUCCUAUAUUAAUAUUAUCUAGUUAUUUAAAUUCAAACUUUUGCAAUAAUAAUGUUAAUUUUUAUUUGAGUUUAUUAACCUUUAUUUUAUUUAUUCAAGUGGACGUUAUUAGUAUUUAAGUUUCUAAAGAAAUGUGAUAAAUUUCACAAAAUAUAAAUAUAUUUUUAAUUUUAUUUUAUUUCAAAUAAGUAAUUA